UUCCUCAGCUUGUUUUCUAUUUUACUAUAUGAGCUUUAUGAGGGUCCUUAAAGUAAAAUGGAAAAGUAAAACUAAGUAAGAUUCAGCUUCAGGGCAAUACACAUAAAAAAGAUAAAGGUGGCAUGUGGAUAUAGGCAGGUAAUAUGACCUUCGAGUGGUCCAAGGUGAGUGCAAUGGCAAAAACACAGAUACACCUGUUCUCUGAUCAGAAUGGACCCUUAGAAGAAAGCAUGCUACAUUCCCUUGAGACAUGAGAACUUGCAUGCACAGAUGUCUGAACAGUGGCUUAAUUGGUCACAUAGAUGAUGGAGUGGACAGUGUUUCACUGCCAGUCUGGAAAUAAACACUUCAUGCAUUCUGCAAUGGUGACACUUACCUAGUGCUGAAGCAGAACUUGCUUAAUAAGGUUUUUCUGGAGUUGCUAAAAGAGUGUGGUCCCAGACAGCUUUUGGAAGGCCCUACUUGAUGCAUAGAUAAAACGUGGAAUGUCUAGAGGACUGAAUUGACUGCAGGUCCUUUAAGUAACUCAUUUCUCUCCGCUAGUCAAUGCAUGCAGGUUGUAUAGCAGACUGUUCAAGGCUAUAUUUUCUGGCAAAUGUUUCCACUGCUCUUUUGCAGCUUAACCUACUCAACAUGGUCUUAAUUCAUUUCUUCUCAAGCUCACCAGUAACCUAAAUUAUAGUUAGGUUCAAUGAAUAUGUUGUAGUCUUUGCCUUACUUGAAACUUCUGCCAUAUUGAAGCUACUGUCCAUGAUCUCCUGGAAAUUCUCGGCCAUUAGCUUGUGUUGUGGCCUCUCUGAUGGUUUAUUCCCGAAUUCUUCUGUCUUUUUCUUCUGCUCCUGAGCGUUGCUCAUCCAGGUGUUCAAACCUGGGCCCCAUUCUUCACACGCUGCAGUUCUCCUUGACCUGUUUGGCCCUCUGUGAUUUGACAGUCCUGUUUCUCUCCAGCUUGGACGUCUUCCCUACCUUUAGACCAUAGGUUCAGCUCCUUGUUGAAUGCUUUCUUGUAGCUAUCCAGAAGGUAUCACAAGCUCAACAAAUCCAAAAUGAAAACCACAUUCUUCUUUCUUCCUGUACAUAUGAUGCUACUUUCAUGGAGCCAGUGAGUCAAACCACCAAAAUGGGAUUUCUCCUGGACCCCUCCCUCUCUCUCAGCUUUAAUCUCAUCUAAGAUAAAGUCCUGCUACUUCUGUUUGUGCCUUUAAUUUCGUCUGAUGUCUGCAUUGUUGCUCACCAACAAACGCAGUAACUUUCUUUUUUACGUUGGAAUUGUCAUCCUUGGCAAAACCUGAAGGAUGUGUUUGCUGUGAUCUGGUUAGAUUCCCCUCGAGCUGUGCUACUGGCCAGCAUGUGUGGUGACAGCCUUAGGAGUCCAGUGGGAGAAAGAAUUCAGGAGUUAUUCAGAGUUAUUUUGAACAAGGGUCAGGACAAAGUUACAUAAAGUCUAAAAACAAGGGUUACAGAUUUUUGUAAUUUUUAACUUCCAUUUAUAUAAAUUUGUCAGUGAUUCUGUCGCUUUUAUUAUGAUAUAAUUGCGUAUUGCUAGUUCAAAAAUGACCUUUUUCCAAACCCUGUUAAAGACUAUUUAAUUCUUCUGCUAUUUCAGUUAAUCACUUAAAAAUGAAUAGGGAGAAGUGCAUGUGUGCAUUAUUCAUAACUAUGACUAUGGAGCAGAACUCUCCUAAUUGUUGGUUAAUUUUUUUUAUUGUGAUAAAAUAUACAUAAGCUAAUGUUGGCAAUUUCACCAUUUUUAAGAGUACAAUUCAGUACUCGUAGUAUAUUUAGUUUAUUCACACUGUUGUGUAAUCAUCACCACUAAGAAUAUCCAGAUUCAUCCUCCCCAGAUAAAACUUUACUCGGGACUUCCCUGGUGGCGCAGUGGUUAAGAAACUGCCUGCCAAUGCAGGGGACACAGGUUCAAUCCCUUGUCCAGGAAGAUCCCACAUGCCACGGAGCAACUAAGCCCAUGCGCUGUAACUACUGAAGCCCGCAUGCUGCAACUACUGAGGCCUGAGCACCUUCUCCCGUGCUCUGCAACAAGAGAAGCCACUGCAGUGAGAAGCCCGUGCACCGCAGCAGAGAGUAGCUACCACUCACCGCAACUAGAGAAAGCCCGCACGCAGCACUGAAGACCCAACGCAGCCAAAAACAAACAAAAAAAACUUUACUCAUUAAACCCUAACUCCCUAUUCUCCCCUCCCCCAGCCGCUGGCAGCAACCACUCUAAUCUCUGUGUCUAUGAAGUUGAUGACUCUGAGAACCUCAUAUAAGUGGAAUCAUGCAGUGCCUGUCCUUAAGUGACUGACGUAUUUCACCUAGUGUAGUGUCUUCAAGGUUUAUCCAUAUUGUAGCAUGGUAAAAUUCACUUCCUUAUGAAGUCUCAAUAAUAUUACCAUUGUAUGUAUGCCCACGUUUUACUUAUCCAUUAAUCCAUCAAUGGUUUUAUGGGUUACUUCGACCUUCAGGCUAUAAAGGAUAAUGCUGUUAUGACCAUGUGUGUAGACAUAUCUUUUCUAGUUCCCACUUUUACUUUGUUUCUUGUACACCCAGAAGUAAAGUUGUAGGAUCGCGUUGUAAUUCUGUAUUUAAUUUUUUCAGGAAUCACCGUGUUGUCUUCCGUGGUGGCUGCACUAUUUUACAUUCCCACCAGCAGUGCACAAGGUUUCCAGUUUCUUCAUAUUCUUGCCAACGCUUGUUCUUUCCUGUUUUGUUUUGUUUUUUACAUAGUAGCCAUCCUAUUGGGCAUAAGAUGGUGUCUCACGGUGUUUUUGAUUUGCUUUUCUCUAAUGACUAGCAAUGUUGAGCAUGUUUUUAUGUGUGUAUGGGCCAUUUGUUUAUCCUUUUUGCACAUUUUUUAAAUAGACUUUUAUUUUUUUAUAGCAGUUUUAGGUUCCCAGCAAAAUUGAGCAGAAGAUACAGUGAUUUCCAGUGUACUCUCUGCCCCCAGGCGCUGCCUCCCCAUUAUCAGUAUCAGGGGUUGGUGUCACUUGAGGAUGUGGCUGUGAACUUCACCUGGGAGGAGUGGCAGGACCUGGAUGAUGCUCAGAGGACCCUAUACAGGGAUGUCAUGCUGGAGAACUACAGUAGCCUGGUGUCACUGGGGCAUUGCAUUACCAGGCCUGAGGUGAUCAUCAAGUUGGAGCAAGGAGCAGCACCAUGGACUGUAAAAGAAAAACCCCAGACCAGGGUUUCCCGGUGUCAGUGCACACUGUCACUGUGCACACUGAGCAGGGAGUCAGUGCACACUGAGCAGGGAGGCUGCGAAGACAAGUGCACAGCAGAUGUUGGCCGUGCUGAGCUCUUUUUCACCAGUUGUUUUCUCCAAGUUCAUACCUUGGGACAGACUUCAGUCUGCAUGUAUCAGACUCAUGCAUUAUUCAGUCUCCAGAUACGGCUCUCACAUGUAAACCUCCCCCUUUUUGUUAAUUGCUGAAUGUUUUCUUAGACUUACCAAAAACCGGUGCCCACCUGCCUCCUCUUGGAAUUUUUUCUUGGUUAGUCACUGUCCCUAGAUUCUCAGUAGGCCGCCUUUUUUGGUUUUUUAAAAAUAUUUAUUUAUUUUUUGGCUGCGUCGCAUCUUAGUUGCAGCACGUGGGAUCUUCGGUUUGUUGUGGUGCACGGGCUUCUCUCUAGGUGAGGCGCACAGGCUUAGUUGCCCCACAGCAUGUGGGAUCUUAGUUCCCCGACCAGGAAUUGAACUGGCGUCCCCUGCAUUGCAAGAAGGAUUCUUAACCACUGGACCACCAGGGAAGUCCCAAUAGGCCUCCUUUUUGUUCAUUCUCAGAGACUGUUUUCUUUGGGGCAUUUAGUCGUACAUUCAUUUAUUCUUUUAACAUGUUAAUUGGGAAGUUUUACACACUGGUAAAUUUUGUAAAUGUGUGGAUAACAGCAGUAAUCAAAGAAAUGUCCUUUUUAAAAUUAAUUUAUUUUUAUUUCUGGCUGCAUUGGGUCUUUGUUGCUGCACAUGGGCUUUCUCUAGUUGUGGUGAGCGGGGGCUACUUUUCGUUGCGGUGCACAGGCUUCUCAUUGCUAUGGCUUCUCUUGUUGCAGAGCACAGACUCUAGGUGCACAGGCUUCAGUAGUUGUGGCUCACGGGCUCUAGAGUGCAGGCUCAGUAGCUGUGGCACAUGGGCUUACUUGCUCUGCGGCAUGUGGGAUCUCCCUGGACCAGGGAUCGAACCCGUGUCUGUUGCAUUGGCAGGUGGAUUCUUAACCACUGUGCCACCAGGGAAGUCCCGAAAUGUCCUUUUUAUAUAGAACUUAUAUUUUGUUGAAAGAGAAAAAUGAAACAAAUGUACAUGUUUAGUAGUGAAAUCAGAGCCACAAAAGUGUUAAACAAGGAUGAGAGAGAGGAUAAUAAGAGUAUAGUGUUUCCAGAAGGGUGUUAAGAAGGCACAUUUAGGGGAGAUUAAGUGUUUAUGUUGGUAGAGCUUACGUUUGAGAUGACUGUAUUCCAUUUUGACAUGGAACAUAUGCAUGCAUGUAAAAUCUGGAGUAGAAGAUGGACAUCACUGCUGGAGAUGCAAAUUAGCAAAUCAUUAACUGAAGACUGGUAGGAGUAGAGGAGGUGGCCUACGGACCUAUUAAGACCAUGAGAGAAGUGGUCCAGGUACAGGUCUCAUGAAUCACUACAUCAGAAACCAUGAGGCUGAGAAGGACCCAGAAAACUGUUCACCGUGGAAAGCGGUGGCCUGUGACACGGGAGGAUAAACUAGAGACUAUGGGUCCAAGGCCAGUGAAACCAAGAAUUUCAUACUUUGGGAGUGGAGUUUGAAAUUAAAUUUUUUUUUACUUUCUCUUGUGAAGAUCAUUGUUUUUUUUUUUUUUUAAAAAAAGAAUGAGAAGUAUACAUGGGACUCCAAUUUCAAUACAACUAAGGGACAGCUGAAACUGUAAAGUACAGUAAAGUUAAUAUCUUCAGAAGCAGUGAAUUAUCAAGUAGAGUCACUCGCACCAUGAAGUGAGGUGAAAAUGCCUUGGCUGUUGGUCUCAGAAGCACCCAGAGAAAGCUUUUCGAAGAUGGUGGGCACAUGCUGGGUUGCAGAACCUAAAUCCUUCAGGCCAGCAGGGAGGAGUUUCACAAAGUGAUGAAUUAGAGUUUCAUGAACUUGUUAGGGUUCUGAGAAGCCAAGGGUAUAGUGUUAAGUUAAGAAUUUGCAGAAAGCUCCCUUGUCUAGCAUGGAAAAAAAGAUUAAGCCUUUGAAAAACCCACAGGUGCCUAUAGGUGUUCCCCAGGGAGAAGUAAAAACUAAACAAACAUAGGUGUAAAGUUCUUCUCUCUAAGCAGUAUUCUUGUUUAGGUGACAGACAAGUGGCCCUCUCCCAUAUCCUGUAAGUAACUUAUCCAGGAAAAUCAUGCCAUCUUCAAAGCUGAGCUAUUAGAAAAGGGCUAGCACAAGUUACCCACAAUUAUAAGAAGAAAGGUAGAGAUAAUGAAUGGAAAACCAAUGGUAGAUGAAAAGCUGUCAGCUGAAAUCUACAUUUAGACAGUAAGUAAAUAUUUUGAUCUAAUACUUCCUCAUUGAAAAGAAUUUAAAAGAAAAGAAAAAAACUUAAGCAAAACCAAACAAAAACAAAAAACCCAAUGAUUUGACAUUAGAAAACCUAUCAAUGAAGGUUCUUACAUUAAUUCAUUAGGGAGAAAAAUCACAUAAAAUCAGUACCCAUUAUUGAUUUUUUAAAAUAUUUAUUUAUUUAUCUUUGGCUGCGUUGGGUCUUUGUUGCUGAGCGCCGGCUUUCUCUAGUUGUGGCGAGCGGGGGCUACUCUUCGUUGUGGUGCGUGGGCUUCUCACUGUGGUGGCUUCUCUUUGUUGUAGAGCACGGGCUCUAGGCAUGUGAGCUUCGUAGCUGUGGCACGCAGGCUCUAGAACACAGGCUCAGUAGUUGGGGUGCACAGCAUGUAGGAUCUUAGUUGCUCUGCGGCAUGUGGGAUCUUCCAGGACCAGGCCUUGAACCUGUAUCCCCUGCAUCGGCAGGCUGAUUCUUAACCAUUGUGCCACCAGAGAAGUCCCCCGUUACUGAUUUUUUAAAGAAUCAUAUCCUGCUAGGAUGAAAAGAAACUUCUUUACCUUUACAAACCAUUCAAUAGGAAAUACUUAUAUGUGAUUCAAAGGUAUGA